AUGAAGUUCCUGACUGAUGCUUUCGCGUCGGAUCACCGAACCCGCGGACAAAGCUUCUGGGAUCAACUCACUGGUCUGCCCCAUAAAGAUUCCCUCAUCCAUGAUCACAUCAUCAAUUCUCGGCGAGGAAUGUGUUUGGAUAAAACCAUUCAUCAGUCAUUCGGCCACCCUGUCACGGAUACCACCAAACCUGGAUAUCAGGUGACGUGCCCCGAAGAUUUUGAACCAGAAGAUCAACAAAUGGAGGAAUUGGAACAACAAUUCGACCAGUGGAACGAUCCUACUUUGACUUUUGCCCACCGCAUGAAAAAUGGAGAAACAAUGUCUCCUGGUUUUGCCCUUUUGGUCAGGAAAGGAGAAGAUGGACAGCCAUGUCAAAUCAUGUUUAUUUCCAAUCCGGUCUUGACCAAGCCAGAUGUAAUGGAACCCAAUACUUUUGGAGCUCCGGCUCCCUUUGGGGAAAUUGUCAAUAAUGAUCUUGCGCAAAAGUAUGUAGGUGAUCCUACAAAACGGACCCAUUGUCUUUUGGGAUUGCUGUCCGGACAUACUUUUGCCUCUUAUGGAAUCGGCAAUCGUAUCGAAUUUUCAAACUCUCUCCUUCCCGUUUUGAUGACAGACGGAGCUGCGAUUAGAAAUAAACCUUUAAACCGUGAUGAUUGGAAAAUUCUGUUCUUUCCCGCAAUGUCUGCUUGUCCUGUGGGAUUUGUUUGGCCGGCGAGUGAUGGUUUCGAGGCCUUUCAAGAGAGUAUUACCAAUCGGAAAAAAAUAUUCACUGGUCUUCUUCACCUAUUGACGUCAAGGAAGACUAUCAUUGAAAAUUGGUUCACUGCCGUUAAGGCCAGUCCUGCAAGUUUUGCGGUCCCAGUGGUGGAUGCUCUGCCGUUUUGGUCCUGCUUUCCCACUGAGCAUGACCCAGUCGACGCCUGUGUUUUGGAUGUGGCCUUACUAGCCCCAUUCCAAGAACAAAUGGAUCGUUUCCUUCAGAGCCACUUGAUGCAACUCAUAUACAGAAGUGGAUCCUUACCUACGUCGACUCUUGGGUUCAAGAUGCGUGCCUGGGUCAGGAUGCAUAAUAUGCGCGUGGCGGAGUCUUAUCCUUCUGCCUUGGGUAUUACUUUACCAGAUGUCUGGAAGGUUUUGAUUACAAAAACGAUGGUCAAGUUGCAGUGA